GUGUAUCCUACCGGAUAAUGGAUAUUUGAGGGGCCUUAAAAAAAGGAUAUUUGACGGGAGUUCCGAUAUCAAAACUAGCGCAGAAUUUCGUUUCGCUAGAACUGAAACGGAUAAAUCCAAAAUCUGCUCCGAAAAAUCUUUUGUUUUUCUCAUAUAUACAUCGAAAACCCUAACAAGCAGGGGAACCAGCAAAGAUGCCGAAUCGGUACGGAAGAAGGCAGAAGUUCGUAUGGAGGCCGAAGAAGAAAGAUCCGGCGGGUGCUCCCUCUACCGCUCCGCCUCCUCCGCCGCCCCCAUGGGUGGAGCUUCCGCGUGACUUAACGGCCAACAUCUUGCAGAGGCUAGGGGUGGAGGAUGUCCUGAGGAAUGCCAUUAUGGUGUGUACCACAUGGAGAAACGUCUGCAAGGAUCCAACCAUGUGGCGCGUUAUCAACAUGUCGAAACCAAGCUUUAGCGACGACGACGAGUUGGAGGAUAUGUGCCGUCACGCGGUGGAACUCAGCCAGGGCGAACUCAAUGAGAUUAUCAUUGAAGACUUCUGCACUAAUGAAUUGCUCUUAUAUAUUGCUCAGCGAUCAAGUAAGCUGAAAAAGCUUCGGCUUGUAUCCUGCUAUUGUGUUUCGAAUGACUGUUUGAGUAAAGCUGCCAUCCAGCUUCCAUUACUGCAGGAUAUUCAAAUAUACUUCUGCAGUCUUUCUGUUGAAUUCAUCAAGACUGCGGGACGCUCAUGUCCCUUGCUUAAGUCAUUUACUUAUAACAAAGAUGGAUGUCGAGACGAAUUAGUGUGCGAUGAGGAAGCUGUAGCGGUUGCGGAGCAUAUGAAAGGGUUGCACCACCUCUCUCUGUUUGGAAGUAACAUGACAAAUAAAGGUUUGAGGGCAAUAGUUGAUGGUUGCCCUCAUCUUAAAUCUCUUGACAUGAGAAGGUGUUUCAACGUCGCUCCGGAAGCUGAUUUGUUGGAAAAAUGUUCUAAGCAAAUUAAAGAUUUAAAGUACCCUUAUGAUUCGAUGUCCGACUAUGAAUUUUCUGAUUAUGUCGAGGCCUAUGAUGAGUUACAAUAUUCUAUGGGCUUCUCUGACGAAGGUUAUGACUUUGAUGAUGAGUAUGAUGAGUAUUUUGAUUAUGACGACUAUACUGAUUCUUUUAGUCAUGAGUACUUUGAACAUUUUGAUGACCUCUAUCCAAAUGUACCACCGGAGUGGUUUAUGUAAAACGAAUACCUGAUGGACUUUCUAAUGCGCUGAUGUUGGUGAGAAUUUUCACCGAUUCUGUGUUAUCUCCUAGCUGUUGCUGCUGCUGCUUGUCCUGUACAAUAUUGAUCCAGAAUUUGUUCUCCAUAAUGUGUUCUCUGAUUCGCGUAAUUCAUCCUAUCUAGGUUGCUACUUUUUUUGUUUUGUUUUUUUGCUACUUCUAUUUAUGGGUUUUAAUUAUGCUCUGUCCUGAACAUCAAUGUGGCCUCUUAAGAACUGCAUUCUUCAGUCUUUUUGUGAUUGUGUUUUUUUAGUCUUGUGUGAAAAAUUAGUGAUCUUUUUUCAGCACAUUAAUAAUACUAGCGGACAGUGACUCGUAUUUGAUUAGCAGCAGCUUUGGCCAUAGGCAUUUUGUAAGAAAGGAAAAGUAAACCUUGAAGAGUUGAAGGUCAUCAGUAUCAGUCCAAUAGUGG